AUGCAGAUCUUUGUGAAGACCCUGACGGGCAAGACCAUCACCCUUGAGGUCGAGCCCAGAGACACCAUGGAGAAUGUCAAAGCCAAAAUCCAAGACAAAGAGGGCAUCCCACCUGACCAGCAGCAUCUGAUAUUUGCCAGCAAACAACUGGAGGACAGUAGGACUCCCUCUGACUACAACAUCCAAAAAGAGUCCACCCUGCACCUGGUGUGUGGCCUUCAAGGUGCAAUCAUAGAGCUGUCCCAGUGCCAGCUUGCCCAGAAGUACAACUGUGACAAGAUGAUCUGCCGCAAGUGCUAUGCCUGCCUGCACCCCUGUGCUGUCAACUGCCGCAAGAAGAAGUGUGGCUACACCAACAACCUGCACCCCAAAAAGGUCAAGUAA